AUGAAUACUGCCCAACAGGCUCUCCUCGGAUUUUCCAACUUGUCACGUCUUCUGGAUUCUUUUGAUGACGAUAUUGUUGACUCCCUUGGUGAUCAAAUCUGCAAAGGGAUCGAUGACGAGCUUGAAGAAGAGAUUGACGAGGAGAUUCCACCGCUUCAAUAUGCCCGCUCGAACGGGCUAGCACACGAUCACAAAGCUGAUCAACUGGCUUUCUCUGAGCUUGCGAACAUGAUCAAAAGAAUCAAAUUCGAACUUCCACUGCUCAAAACGGAUCACGAAACGGAUUGCAAGAACUUGGCAAGAAGAGAUGACUUUGAGAUCAAACUCUGUGAUAUCAGGCUUCCCGAGGAGAUGGUCAACGAGGAGAAUAAUGAAGGUCUUGUCUGGCCGUCCAGAUUUUCUUCUCUGGGGAUGCAUGUCUUGGAGGAGUUGAAACAGGAGAAGAUCAGCGUUUCCAAAGACGAUUUGGUUCACCUCCAGAAUGCUCUGAAGCAUCCUUGGACAGUAGAGGACGACAUGAAUCUGUGGAAUAGCGAGCAGAAGUAUAAACGUAACAAGAUUUUCGAACAAGAUGUCCCCACGCCUCUUCGAAACUCCACUAGCACCAACCUGCCUGACGAGUCUUCAUCAGAGACAUAUGUGAGAGAUGACACUGUUACAUUAGGAGACAUCUAUUCGCCUCUUGCCUCUCUCGAAAACGGCGGGACACCACCUUCUAUUGAGGUUCAACGAAUGAAGCGCGAAGAUCUCAAAGUUGAGGAACCUCUGACCCCAGAGAUGCCACAAGCGGCUCCAAAAUCUGUGCAUUUCAGUGACAUUGUUGAGGAAAUGGAGCUCUACCCUGCGAGCGCACCAAACUCGCCAUCGUAUGAGAACAAAUUCUUUGAGGAGGCUUUCGGUGACGCACUUAAGACUGCUAACCAGCGUACGGAGCAAGAGAGGCUGAUUGAAGCUGAUUCGACAGCUCGUGUCGACGUUCCAGUCAUGGACUUUUCGAGGCCAGAUCCACCUUGGAAGACUCUUGAACAGCACCGGGGCUCUGCCUCGUUACUUUCCUUACAGAGGCUGACGAUUCAAGAGCUUGUUGGACCACAGCGACCUUGGUUUGAAACUGGACAAGUUGCUACCAACUUGAACUGGGUGCCCUUUCCAGCUAGUUUGGCAAGAGUUGCCCUUGAGGAGGAUGUUAAAGAGAAUGAUUCUACAUGGGAAGCAUUUGUCAAAGAUUCCAGAGAAGAUGAAGUUAUCGACAGCUCAAAUUUAACCUGGAAACCCCCGGGAUUGAAGAUCCUGAAUGACGAGGAUGAUGACGACGAGGAUAUCGAGCCUGGAAAAUUUCUUAAGGACAGUAAUCAAGACCUUUCCUCACUCAUCAAGAAGAGAAAAAUGGAGCUGGACCAAAGUGGCAAUCAGGAGCGCGAGACUGUCAGGCCCCACCUUUCGGUCAUGAAAGGCCCCGUUCGAGGCAGUACCCCAAAGCUCAACGCUUCAACUUCAACAGGAGAGCACGCCGACAAAUCUUAUGGACAGGUGUUUAGGUUAUUAGGUGGAGCAUUCUCAGCUGCAAACUCGAUCGACAACUACCUUGAGCUUCGAGGAACAAAGAAACCGAAGCUCAUGGACAGCUCAUACUUUAAGCCAGGUCCACAGGCCAUCUCGUCCGUGCCCAACUCUCGGGUGCCGCAGGACGCCACCAAAGUGCAGACUACUAUUCAGUUGCCUAUUCGAAAGUCUCCAGUGGCAAAAAUUAACAGUUUGCCAGCUCCCACUAUUGAACCUCCCAGCACGGAGACCUAUAUUAUUGCCUCAUCGACCUUGCUGAAGCAUCGAAGUCUGAUCAAGAAACUCGAGGCUUUACUCCCCAAACUCGCAUUUGUCGAGAGAGACUUCUCAGCUCACAACAGUACAACAUGGAUGCCAGGAUCAGUCACGCGGUCUCCCGUCAAGUCACCACUCGAUUCCGAGGCAGACAUCAUAGUCUCUCCAUCCAUAGGCAUCGUUAUCACUACUCUUCAGAAGAUCAAACAGAAGCCUCUUCCUGGACAAAAGACAAAGGCCGCGAUUCGUGAACGACUGGAACAAGUCAGCACUCGAUAUGAGAAGCUCGUCAUAUAUGUCAGUGAAGGCCGAGCAGAUGAAACAACCAAUGGUUUGGAUGCGAAUGAUUGUGCUGCCUACGGUUCGUUUGCUGGAUUCGCCUUAGGCCUGAACUCGUCUAUCAUUGUGCAGUUUGUUGGAGGCGGAGAGGGGGUGUUGUCAAAGUGGCUGGCAAGCACCAUCGCCCAGAACCGCGUAACUGGAGAAUCAAGUCUUCUCGAGGAAGAAACGCAUUGGGAACUGUUUCUCAGAAGGGCAGGAAUGAAUGCAUUCGCGGCUCAAGCUAUUAUGGCAGAAUUGAAGGAACCAGAUGGUGUUAACGCGCUGAGUCCCUCGAAAGCUGGAUUGUUUGGACUCCCAGCUUUCGUAGACAUGGCAUUGGGGCAGAGGAUUACUAGAUUUGGCCCGUUAUGUGGAAGAGGCUUGAUAGAGCGGGUGAGUACUGUGAUUGAUGCAGACUGGCGGAUUUAGGCGGGUGGAAAUUUUGCUUGAUAUCUCGCGGCGUUGUUAUAUUUGCAGAUUUGCAUUGCUGGAUCUGGAGGCUAGCUCAAAAUUAUGGCUGUGGAUUUCACGUACAUUAAGGGGAAGCAGAUUGCUGUCAUAAACUCCAAACUUUGAUUCUGUUAUCUGGAGUA